UUCCCAACGCGACGCUGACACGAGAGCGGGACGUGGACCAAUAUUUUCCCUCUUUAUCGGUGUUAAAAUAUUAUGACAAGAUGGGUGAUGGAAUGCUAUCAUUAUCGUGGAACAACCACAAAGCCACAUUUUGUCACAUCCUGUCAACAUUACGGGAAAAGGAGAGAUAUACAGAUGUUACUUUAGCUUGUGAAGGGAAGUUCUACCCAGUCCACAAGCUGGUUUUGUCAACAUGUAGUGAAUACUUUGAGAAGAUGUUUGAGCACACUCCAUGUAAACAUCCAGUCAUAGUUUUGAAGGACGUCAAACCUGAUGAGUUAGAAGCAUUAUUAAGUUAUAUGUAUGCUGGUGUUGUCAGUGUAGCUCAGAAUGACCUGGCUAGGUUGAUCAAAGCAGCCGAGUUACUUCAAAUUAAAGGCUUAGCUGUGCCAGAUGAGCCACCUUCGAGACAAGAAUGCAAAAAAUACAUCCCACGGGACGACCGAGCGAGUCCACACCCAAAGAGACGGAGACGAGAAGAUCCCUUACCGAUCGCCACAGUUCCUCCAGGGGUAGCAGUUGCGUCAGAGAGUCCUCCGUCCUCACCUCAUCAUGUAGACACUGAACACAACUGGGACCAACCCCACAACACCCGGGAAACCCAAAGGGAGACAGUUGCGACCAGAGGCUUAACGACAGUACAGAUCAAAGGGAAGAAUUCAGUUCAACGAAACAGGAAUCGACAGCGCAUAUUCAGGACAAUGUAGACGAGACUCUAGUCAAAGAAGAGAUGGUAGAAACAGUUGAUGACAGCCAAGGGGAUGCACAACAUGAUUCUUCGAUGGAUUAUGGAACGGUUGGUGGGGGUGACGGAUCGGCUGAUGAACACGGCAAAUAUAACCAAAUUGAUCCAAAACAUCCACAACCGUUACCUGAGGCUGUUGUUGAGGCAUUGGCUGGACCGUCUGGAAUGCAAGGGUGGCUAGGAACUGGUGAAAUGGGUGCAGGUUUUUCUAUAUUGGAAGGCUACAGCGAAGAUGGAAACCAGGAUGUUCAUGCAUCCUCAUCUAACCUUGGCAACGCACAAGCACAUCAGAUGGUGGAGCUAAACAGAGAUGUUGGUUCGAGGAGCUACGUGAGAGGAGCCCUCGACAAGGUUCACCAAUGUCCCUACUGCAAUUAUUCUUCAUCUCUGAAGUGCAACAUGACUGAGCACUUGUUCACUCAUACCAGAGAGAACUCACUAUCAGUUUACAACAGUCACUCCCAAAGCCUUGCAGCAAAGAACCAGCUCUUGUACAAAAGCCUAAAUCAUGUAGGAGGCUCCUACUCAUGCUCCUUAUGUCCAUACCGUGCAUCUCGGAGUUAUGCCUUAAAGUAUCACAUGUUGAAGCAUCAAAACUUCACUUGAAGAAUGGUUGUCACUUCCCCCCCCUCCUCCCUUUCAUUUUCUUUUAGGUUGCCUUUUGAUAUCAGUUUUGGUUGAUGCCAAGAUAAUGGAUGUUGGGGUAUUACUUUUUUUUUAUCCAAAGGAAAGGAUCAAAUUUUGAGUGGAGUAACUUACUGAAAUUCAUAUAUACAGAAAGGCCUUGUUUCAGUAUUGAAUGAAUCUCAUUCAUGACUUUGUGAAGGUUUUGGCUUUCAUAAGAAAGAAAGGAUAAAAUUGCAGUUUAAAUGCCAACAUAAUUGUUAUUUAGUGUUCUGUUUUGUUUAGUUUGUCUGAUACCUUGAAUAAUCUUGCAUCCUUAUUAGGUUUCAAAAUUUGUUAAGUACUAUAAAUUGGAUUUUGAUAGGAUGUGUAGGAUAAAAUUCACAUAACAUUUUCUUAUACUGGCCUGAUAUUUUGUCUUGAGUUUUUCCAAUGUAAAAGUCUUUGUGACAAGAUUCAACACAAAUUUGCCAUUAUAUAUUAAGGUCCUGUAAGUGAAGAACUUAUGGUAUAGAGUUGAAUUUGCUCCUUAGUAGUGAGGGCAAGCCAAGGUUUAUGGUGUGUUGUAGGAUGUUGUAAUGUUUUAAUGCUGUGCUAUUGGUGCUACAUUGAUAAGAAGCUCCUUAUUUGGGCAAAAGACUUGAAUGCAUAAGUCAGUUGUAAA